AUGUCGUCAGGUAAAAGUAUAUCAUUAAAAGGAUCAACUCGAACAAUUACAGAGUUUUUCGAAUAUAGUAUCAAUUCGAUUCUUUAUCAAAGAGGAAUAUAUGCUGCUGAUGAUUUUACUACAGUAAAGAAGUAUGAUUUGACAUUAUUGAAGACCCAUGAUGAAGAACUGAAGGCAUAUAUUCGGAAAAUAUUAAUACAAGUCCACAAAUGGAUCCUUGGUGGUAAAUGUACCAAGCUCGUACUAUGUGUAAUAGAUAAAGAUACUGGUGAUGUUGUUGAACGUUGGGCAUUCGAUAUUCUUCGACUAGAUAGUGGGAAUACUGUUGAAAAUGAUAACAAUGAACAAAUGAUAGAGAUAGAUCCCGAAACAACCCAGAAGCAGAUAAGAUCAUUAAUAAGGCAAAUUACUGCAAGUGUAACAUUUUUACCUGAAUUAGUAAAUGAAGGAAAAUAUACAUUCAAUGUACUUGCUUAUACUGAUGCAUAUGCAAAAGUUCCAUUAGAUUGGGGAGAUUCUGGUAGUAAAGAGAUUGAAGAUGGAGAACAAGUGCAAUUCAAAUCAUUUGAAACCAACGAUUAUAAAGUAGGCGCACAAGUCAGUUAUAGACAGGACCAAUAA